AAAAGUCUCGCUUGAUUUCGUUUCCUUGUGCUUGUGUUAGGAUUAGGUAGUGGAAUUCCAUGUUGUAACUCAUUGAAUGUUGUGUUACACGUAUCUGUAAAUUUCUGUAAUUAUUUAAACAAAUUUCAUUUUACCUAUAAAAAGACAAGAUAAUGGCAGCUGUUGUUGACGAAGUAGGAAAAUCAUCGGAGAAACUGGUGGAUGAUGUAUUAAAUGAAGAAAUUGAUAUUGAUGGAGAAGAUGGUGCUUCGGAAGCUUCAAAGAAAAAGAAACGCAAGAAGAAAAAGAAGAAGGCCGGAGCUGGUGAGGCAUCGGCUGAUGUGCCUGGGGGAGGAGGUGAAAAAAUUGAAGAACUCUCCAAUGGGGUCAAAGAUGUAGAAUUAAAUGGUAAUGAUGAAGAAGCAGAUCCUGGAGAGGAUGGAGCAGUUACUGAUGUGAAGAAAAAACGUAGGAAACGUAAAGGAAAAGGGAGUGGAUUGAAACAGACUAAUCCUCCAUCUGUACCAAUUUCUCAAUUAUUCCCUGAUGGAAACUAUCCAGUUGGCCAAGAAAUGGACUACAGAACUGCGAAAGAUCGUUUCACCUCUGAAGAGGCUCGCACUUUGGAUCGUCUUCAUAAUGACAUAUACGCUGAAGCUAGGCAAGCAGCUGAGGCUCAUAGACAGACAAGAAAGUAUAUGCAGAGCUGGAUAAAACCUGGAAUGACAAUGAUAGAGAUUUGCGAAGAGCUUGAGAAAACAGCACGGGCACUAAUCGGAGAGAAUGGAUUGAAGGCUGGGCUAGCAUUUCCUACUGGCUGCUCCAGGAACCAUUGUGCUGCCCACUACACCCCCAAUCACGGGGAUAACACUGUACUGCUCUACGAUGAUGUCACCAAGUUUGACUUUGGCACUCAUAUCAAUGGUCGCAUCAUAGAUUGUGCCUGGACCUGUGCAUUUAAUCCAAAGUAUGAUAAACUCAUAGAAGCAGUCAGGGAUGCCACCAAUACUGGGAUCAAGGCAGCCGGUAUAGAUGUCCAGCUGUGUGAGAUUGGUGCUGCUAUUCAAGAAGUGAUGGAAUCUUAUGAGGUUGAGAUUGAUGGUAAAACUUACCAAGUGAAGUCCAUAAGAAACUUGAAUGGGCACUCAAUUGCCCCUUAUCGUAUACACGCAGGCAAAACUGUCCCAAUAGUGAAAGGAGGAGACGCCACUGUAAUGGAAGAAAAUGAGUUUUACGCCAUAGAAACAUUUGGUUCAACUGGUCGUGGCCAAGUACACGAUGACAUGGAUGUGUCUCACUACAUGAAGAAUUUUGAUGCUGGUUAUAUUCCUCUGAGAUUACAAUCAUCGAAGCAAUUACUCAAUACGGUCAACACCAACUUCGGGACUCUAGCAUUCUGCAAGCGCUGGCUGGAUAGAACUGGGGCUACCAAGUACCAAAUGGCCUUGAAGGAUCUUUGUGAUAAAGGUAUUGUGGAAGCUUACCCUCCACUGUGUGAUAUCAAAGGGUGCUACACAGCUCAGUUCGAGCACACGAUCGUGCUGCGACCGACCUGCAAGGAAGUGAUCAGUCGCGGAGACGACUACUGAGCCGCUGAGCUGUUGCUUUUGUUUUGCCAUUUAUGGAAAUGUUAGAGAACGUGUAGUUAGGAAUGAAAUUGAUUUUUCUAUAAAUUCAUUUACUAUUUUGAAUGUAGUAUGUAUUUUAUUUUUUAGUUAUUUUUGUAAUACUUUAAAAUAUACAGGGUCUUAAAAGUUUCCAUACGUGUAGCUGUGUAGAAUUACAACAUUCAUCCUCUAUAGGCUACGCCAUAAAUAAAAGUGACUAUUCACUAUUAUUUUUUAAAAUCAUUUUACUUUUUUUGUGUGGAGACUUUUGUGACAUUUUAUAUCAUAUACAUGAAUUAUUGGUUUAUGUUACAAUAUUAGUAAGUCGAUUUUUUACAAUUGUAACAGCCAAACACAUUAAUAAUGUAAAAUUUAGUAAUAAUUAAUUGAUCUACAGACUCCUGAAGAAAGAACAGGUCUAGACAGAAGUUGCUCUACGAUGCAGGACAAAUGAAGGAAGUAGCUAAUAGACAGCACCAUGAACUUCUAUUCAGUUAUUUAAAACAUAAUUUAAUUGGAGGGAUUCAGAUUGUCAAAAAUGAAAUAACAAAUUGCUUGAUUCUUAUAUUUUCUCUUAAUUCAGUAAAUUUACUUCUUACAAUCAAGUAUUGAAAAUUAUUAUAAAACUCUACUGACUUACUUUAAGGGUAUAUAAGAAUAAUCUGAACAUACUUAUUAUAGCAACGUUGAUUUUAGUCCAAAUGUGAAUUAAUGCAUAAUGAGAGGGAACAAGAAUGACGGAACCAGCCUAACUCGAGUACUAACGACUCUCAUGGGAGGUUACUGAAAAGGUGUCAAUCAUACAAUAACCCUUCUGGCCCAGAACUCUUCUAAAACUGGUCACAGUUAAGACAUAAUAUUUUGCUUACUGAAUUUUAAAAAUACAGUACAUAAUAGCUCAGGUGGAAGUCCGUCUGAAGAAAGAUUGUGAUUGUUGAACAAUAAAUGUACUGUAGCUUAAGUUGGUUCAGCAUGUCCGAACCUCUAGCUACUAAUGUACAUCAAACGUUAGUUACUCAGAUUUUAAACUGUAAAAAUUGUUAAGAGUUUAACAAUUUUUAACUAAUUUUACAGUAUUUUUAUAUGAUUUUCUUUGUUAAUUAUUUACAUAAUAUGAAGUAAUAAUAUUACAGGAAUAUUGAAAUAUUUAGUUUUAAAAUAAUUUUGUGUUUGUAUUGUAUAUACUAUUCUUGAGUUUCAGUUUAACCCCAUAAAGGAAUUGCAAAGUUUGUUACGAUGACUAGUUUUAUGUCGUCUUAGUGUGUCGUUAGUCUUUACAUAUGAAAUUGUAUGUAUAUAUGUGAUUGUAAAGAUUUAAUAACACAUUUGUUGUUUUCCUAUUUGUUUCCAUAAUUAUACCCAAAUAAAAAAAAAACUUUUUGUGGGAAGA